UCAGAUCUCUUCUUCUUCUUCCUCUUGAGACUUAGAUUUAUUUUGUGAUCAGUCUCGGACUGUAAGAUACUGCAACCUCUGUUAAUCUUCUCGUAUGGCGGAUACUGUUGAAGAGCCUCAAUUGCACAAUGGAACGACACCAGGUGAAUCCGAAACCGAGCAAAAUCCGACUCCGGAACCCAAACUUACCGGAGAAAUUUCGGAAAUAGAAACAGAUGCGACGCCAGAGGAAGUACAAUCUGAGGUUAAGACGGAGGAAGUACAAUCUGAGGUAACGGAUGCGAAGCCGGAAGAAGUGCUAUCUGAGGUAAAGCCGGAAGAAGUACAAUCUGUGGUAACCGAUGCGAAACCGGAGUUAACUGAUUUGGAUCUGACGCCGGGAGGAUCCGAGGAGAUCCCGAUCCGGUCGACGGAGGCUGAUCAGGAGUCUUCUCCUGUUCUUAAGAAAGAAGAUGAUGGGAACAAGACAUUUACCAUGAGAGAGUUGCUCAGCGAAUUAAAAAGCGAAGAAGGAGAUGGGACUCCUCACAGUGCUGUCUCUCCUUUUAGUCGAGAAAGUGCUUCUCAACCAGCGGAGAACAAUCCUGCAAUGGAUCUGAUUAACAGGAUCCAAGUUAACGACGAAGAGGGCCGAUCUCGCCAGCGUGUUCUUGCAUUUGCUGCCCGCAAGUAUGCUAGUGCCAUAGAGAGAAAUCCAGAUGAUCAUGAUGCAUUAUACAACUGGGCACUUAUACUCCAGGAAAGUGCCGAUAAUGUCAGCCCAGAAUCUGUUUCACCUUCUAAAGAUGAUUUGCUUGAGGAAGCUUGUAAGAAGUACGAUGAGGCAACCCGUCUCUGCCCAACGCUUUAUGAUGCUUACUACAACUGGGCUAUUGCAAUCUCUGAUAGGGCAAAGAUGCGUGGUCGCACAAAGGAGGCUGAAGAAUUAUGGGAACAGGCAACUAAUAAUUAUGAAAAAGCUGUCCAGCUCAAUUGGAACAGUUCCCAGGCUUUAAACAACUGGGGACUGGCGCUGCAGGAACUCAGUCAGAUUGUUCCUGCUAGGGAGAAGGAAAAGGUUGUUCGAACUGCCAUUAGCAAGUUUCGGGCAGCAAUCAGGUUGCAAUUUGAUUUCCAUCGAGCCAUAUACAACCUUGGAACUGUUCUUUAUGGAUUAGCAGAAGACACACUUAGAACUGGGGGUUCGGGAAACGGCAAAGACAUGCCUCCUGGUGAGUUAUACAGUCAAUCUGCCAUCUACAUUGCUGCAGCUCAUUCAUUGAAGCCAAGUUACUCGGUUUACAGCAGCGCUUUGAGGCUUGUUCGUUCCAUGCUACCUCUACCGCAUCUGAAAGUUGGAUAUCUGACUGCAGCACCCGUGGGUAAUUCACUUGCUCCUCACAGUGAUUGGAAACGCACAGAGUUUGAACUCAAUCAUGAGAGGCUUCUACAGGUACUGAAACCUGAACCAAGAGAAAUGGGACGAAACCUGUCAGGAAAAUCUGAUACAAUGAGCACCAACGUGGAAAGGAAGACGGUAAAAGUAAAUAUCACAGAGAUAGUUUCGGUAACGCCUUGUGCUGAUCUCACGCUACCUCCUGGUGCUGGUCUCUGCGUUGAUACCAUUCAUGGCCCAGUCUUCUUGGUUGCAGAUUCAUGGGAGUCUUUAGAUGGAUGGCUGGAUGCUAUUCGUUUGGUUUACACAAUUUACGCGAGAGGGAAGAGUGAUGUUUUAGCCGGUAUUAUCACCGGUUAAUAUAUAUACUUCAUUUAUAUAAUUAUUUUGCUUCCUUUUUUGUUUAUCCUUAGUUUUGUGAUGUAUGAUGAUCUUAGCGAAAUAUUUUUUUGUUGCUCAUUUUCAAACAUGAUUUUUAGUUUUUUCGGACU